UUUUAGGAAUGCCAUAACUAAAAUAACUUUAAAUAAACAUAAAAAUGGAGAAGUAUUUAAAGAUUUCUAAAAUCGGAGAAGGGACUUAUGGAAUUGUGUAUAAAGCUCAAAAUACAGAGAGUGGAGAUGUGGUAGCGCUAAAAAGAAUAAGAUUAGACAGUGAAGAUGAGGGCGUUCCUUGCACUGCCAUACGCGAAAUUUCUUUGUUGAAAGAAUUAAAGCAUCCCAAUAUUGUUAGAUUGUUUGAUGUUCUUCACACGGAGAAAAAAUUAACACUCGUUUUUGAAUAUUGUGAACAAGAUUUGCGGAGAUUUAUGGAUGCUUGUGGCGGUGAAAUUAAUUAUUUGCAAGUUAAAUCGUUUCUUUUCCAGUUGCUUCGGGGCGUAGCCUUCUGCCACGAGCAUCACGUGUUACACAGAGAUUUGAAGCCUCAAAAUUUACUAAUUAAUAAAUACGGAGAGCUGAAGCUUGCAGAUUUUGGACUUGCCAGAGCCUUCGGGAUUCCCGUGAGGCAUUACUCUAACGAAGUAGUAACUUUGUGGUAUCGUGCACCUGAUGUUCUCUUAGGCUCCCGAAGAUAUUCCACUCCGAUUGAUAUAUGGUCGGCCGGUUGUAUAUUUGCUGAAAUGGCCCAGGGAGGAGAGCCGCUUUUCCGUGGCGCCACUUCGUACGAUCAAUUAUUGAGGAUAUUUAAAUUGUUGGGAACGCCCAGCAACAGCACGUGGUUUGGCGUUAGUGAACUUCCCGAGUGGAACCCGGAAUUCCCAUUUUACUUGCCUCAACCGCUAUCCAUCCCCACUUUGGAUGCAGCAGGUAUCGAUCUUCUCUCGAAAAUGCUCGUCUUUGUACCCGAAUUUCGGAUCUCUGCGGAAAGUGCGUUGGCGCAUCCUUAUUUUCAUGACGUGCCAGAGCAAAUAAGAAAUAUGUGUUAA